UUCGUCAUUGAGCGUGGUUGGAGACGCACGGCUGUGAAAAUGAGGAGUUUGUUUGUGUGCGGAGUCUUCCUGAUCGCCUGCCAUGGAGUCUUUUCCCACACUUACCACCUGGGGGAGUGUCCGGUUGUGGAGCCUAUGCCUGGCUUUGAAAUGAACAGGUUGCUGGGAAUAUGGUACGUGAUCCAGAAGACGUCGACAGCUUCUCACUGCAUCACGUACAACUUCACGAAGACCCCUGAGCCCGGGAAAUAUGAGAUAGAGCAGAUCUCGCAACACUUCAUACUGGGACUCACUCCGCUGAAGCACGACUACAAAUACAAAGGAGUGCUAACUGUACCUGAUCCUUCGGUGCCAGCCAAAAUGAAAGUCAAUUUUCCACUGAGUGUCGCCGGUACAGCAAGCUACAUAGUGAUGUCUACAGAUUACACAACGUACGCGGCCAUAUUUACGUGCCAGCAUCUCCCGAUCGGUCACAGAAGGUCUGCCACUAUCCUCUCCAGGACUAAAGACUUGGAUAGGAUGUAUGUCGAUAAGAUGCGUCAGAAGCUGUCUUCCUACGGCAUCGAUCCGUUUGACCUCUCCAUCAUCACGCAGAGCGACUGCCCGAGCCACAAACAAGGGGAAGGUGUAAACAUCAACAUCGAUCCCAACACUUUCUCGACGCAUAACAUCGGGCAGGCGGUGAGGAAGACCGGAGGUGUGAUUGCUGAUGGAGUAGAAUAUGUCGUAGAUGCUGGCAAGAAGGUAUACCACAAGGUGGCAGAUAGCAAAGAGGACCUCACAGAAUCACCUUCUGCAAGACAGACUAGGAAUUUGAACUCUGAUGCGGAAUGGCUACCUUGAAUUAGCUAUACUUAGCUAAGCCAUACUAUAAUAUAUAUAUAUAAUACUUUUGCAUCACAAAUGCAUAAGGUUUAUGACGCUGAAAACUUUCCUAGUUGAAUUUCUGAUAUUAUUUUAUUAGAGGUAGAGUGAACGUAGUCUUCGCAAUUAUAAUAAGAAUAUGUUUGGUAUGAGUGGCCGUAUUCGUGGUCACGUCUUUAAUUCGUAAUACGGCAAAAAGUAGUGUUUUUUUUCUGUGGAAUCAAAAUUAGUUUGUUCCAAGCACCAAAAAGUUUCUUAUUGUUUCAAUUUGAAUGCUGUUUUCGUAUUCGUUAAUAUCUAUAAAUUUUGUUAGCUGCCAGUUGCAAAAUCAUAAUACUCAUAAGUAAAAAAAAAACUACUCAGGGUGGCGAUUAAAUUAUUCGAUAAUUAUUUUCCAUAGGUACUAGAAUUUGGUUUUUUCAAUUGAUAUUUUUUGAUUACACGAUUAUUUAUAGAAAUAAGAAUGAUUGUAACUAUUCCUAGCUGUUGAUUUUUUUGUUCAGUGUUCACAAAUUUGCCAUAUCUGUACUCAUAGAUAGAAUUAAUAAGAUAAGGUUUCAAGUUUAGAUGUCAGAAAAAUUUGUGUGUAAGACGAUACAAAUGUAUUUAUUUCACAAUACAUUAAUAUACUCAUCUACAGAGAUGUGAGUGAUUGAUUUC